ACCGAUCUACCUUAAGCUUCCAUCACCCCAGCUUGCAAUCCUCGUCCGAGUUGACGUCGCGAAUGCGCCCAGGGGUUUUGGCUCUGCGAAGCUCUCACCAACUCCCCCCGAGCGAACCACCAAACUUUUUCGAACCAGCGCAACCUCAAUGGCACAAUAGCAGCUCCCUACCGUCCUCGCUUUUCGAGCUUCUACUUCUCACAGUAGAUCACCCACAACCAAAACCUCACGAUGCUCACAACGACCCCCCGCCUCCACGUCCGGCGCCCCUCGCCAACGACAGCCGAAUUCACAGUAACAACCCGCCCGCCACCAACCCUCGCAGUCCGCGUCCUCUCAGGCCUUCUCUUCACCCUCCGCAUCCUGCUCUUCUUCUCCUCGAUCCUACUCCUCCAGGCCGCCUUGUCAGAAUCACCCUACGCCGCGACCCUCCUCUCCGCAUCACCGACAAGAGCGAAGCCCACCACGCGCGACGGCCCAGACGCCCUCUUCUCGAGCGCAACGCUCUGGCAGAUCCUCCUCUUCAUACGCACCUCCGCACCAGGCCGUCUGGCGCACGCCGUCGCUGCCUCCCACGCGAUACCACUGCCCGUCCUGGUACCGGGGUGUCUGCUCGCGGCCUACGCGACGCUGAAGCGCACACAUACCACCGAGAGUCUGCUCGUGCUGCGCGGGUUGGGGAUACAGACCAGUUCGACGAGUGGGAGCUACUUGUCGGCGGCCGCGACACGGUUCAUACCUACGGAGAAGAUCCAGGAUGUGCUAGUGAAUGAGGCGUUCAGGGGCUUCGAGGUGCGGUACUAUCUUAUCGUCAUUGUCGAGGGAGAGGAGGAUAUUAUAGUCGUGUUUCCAAGGAUAUUGCCGAAGAAGAAGAUUGUGGAGACGGUAUGGAGAGGUGUAAGGGGGUGUCUUUGGGAAGCGGAUGGUGGGAGUAGUAAUAGGAAGAUGGACGAUAGAUGGCAGAACGGGGUAUGAAAUCUCCCCAGUAGCCUUGACGAAUUCAUGA